UAGUUAUUCGAGUCUAUUGAAUUUGCUCUCGCGUCAUCUCCCUUCGAUAAAUGAUGAAUGCACGAAGAGUCACGGGUGCUGUGGAAAAAUAUAUGUUUGACGGAUAAAAACUGCGUGGAAGCGCUUGCCUUAAAAGAGCGAAGUUUUCGAAGAGAUUUUGCGUUGUGGCGAUUGGCAGGGCCGAGUCGUGAGAAAGGCUUGUUGUGGUACGAACGAAUUGCUCUGGAGCGUGACUACAGAAACAAUAACGUUGACAUCGUAGUCGCGCGAGUUAGCGAGUAAGUGGAGACGCGGUUCGGGAACUCGCCGCAGCACGAUUUUCGUCGCUGUUUGUUAUGACUGCGAGCUAUAUUUUGCUCGCGGCUCAACACGUUUCGGAAAACGUACACAACGAACAUAUUGCCAACGACUUCAAUGUCUUUGGACUCGUUAAGUUUACGGACAAUGUUACUACGAAGUCGCGCCAUUCGAACGGACCGUUAUAUGAGCACGCGCAUGUCGCAACUUCCUGAAGUUGUGCAAAGUGAAAUAUUACAAUUGGAACUUGUUUCACACAGUACAGAGUAACUUUAUAGCUCAAACGGGGGAUCCGACUGGUACGGGCAAGGGUGGUGAAAGUAUAUAUGGGAGACUAUUAGGCGAGGAAGCUCGUUAUUACGAAGCUGAACAAAUGCCAAGAAUAAAGCACGACAAGGUCGGCCUACUGUCGAUGGUGAAUUGUGGUAACAACAUGCUCGGCUCCCAAUUUUUCAUCACUCUUGACAGAGAUCUCCAAUCUCUGGAUGGUGAACAUUGCGUUUUUGGUGAAAUUGCUGAAGGCUUGGAAGUCAUUUUGAAAUUCAAUGAGGCUAUUUGUGACCAUGAUCAUAGGCCUUAUCAGGAUAUAAGAAUUUCACAUACUGUCAUCCUCGAGGAUCCUUACGAUGAUCCAAAAACUCUGGUUAUUCCUGACAGAAGUCCUGAACCGACGAGAGAAGCUUUAAUGAGCGAUCGAAUAGGAGCGGAUGAAGCGAUAGAUGACACAGCUGGAUUAAGCAUGGAGCAAAUAACAGAAAUACAAAAAGAAAAAGAAGCGAAAGCGAGAGCCACGAUAUUAGAGAUUGUUGGUGACAUACCUGACGCUGAAAUGGCUCCCCCAGAAAAUGUACUUUUUGUUUGCAAGCUCAACCCAGUUACGAAUGAUGACGAUCUCGAAAUUAUUUUCAGUCGAUUCGGCAGAAUCGUCGGUUGCGAAGUAAUCAGAGAUCGGAAAACCGGGGACUCAUUGCAAUACGCGUUCAUCGAGUUUGCCGAUAGGAAGAGUUGCGAGGAAGCUUAUUUCAAAAUGGACAAUGUUCUCAUCGACGACCGUCGCAUACACGUGGAUUUCUCGCAGUCUGUGUCGAAAAUGCGAUGGCGUGGCAAGGGUAAAGGAAUUAUGUACAACGAGGAUAAAGACAAGGGGGAGAAAAAAUCAAAGCCGGAUGCAUUCGAGAGUCGAGGCGGACGAGAUCGUCGGAAAAAUUCAAACGAUCAUCGAGAUUCGAAAUCCGAAGCAAGAACCAACGAUAAAAAUCGCGAGGAGAGACCAAAAUCAUUGAAACACGAUAAACGAAGAGCCGAAAAAUAUCGUCGAGAAAACGAUGACGAGCGAUACGAUAAAAGACGCGACAAUAACGAAAGAAACAACGACCGUAGAAGAGAUCGUGCGAAAGACAAAAGUAAUCGUACCGAAAUGAGAUCGCGGAGAGAGAGUCGCAGUCGAAGCGGAGAAAGACGCUACAAUGAGAAACCAUUCGAUCGCCGUGGAAAGAGACAAGACGAUGAUAAAAGAAGAGAUUAUCUGGACGGUAGAAGCGAAAAAAACGAUCGUGUCAGACAGGGAGACAAACGACCAAGAGAGCACUCUGAAGAACGUUACCGUAGAAAAAAAGAUUACAGACACGAUAAAUACAAAUAAAAUCAACGAUCAGUUUUUUAGUAUA